CUAAGUACUAAGUGCUACGGUCCACUGUUUCGUCUCGCGCCGGGUCGCUUUUUUUUACCUUAACUAAAAGACAACAACUACCAGCGAAUGGCGCAGUGGCAGGAGCUGCUGAGGCUUGACUCUGUACUCCAGGACCGGGUGAGGCAGCUGUAUGAGGGGCAGCUCCCCAGAGAGAUCCGACACUGGCUGGCUGACUGGAUUGAGAACCAGGACUGGGGUUCAGCAGCUGUGGAUGAAAACAAAGCCAGUUCUUGUUUCCAUGCUCUCCUUGGUCAUUUGGAAGAACUGUGGAACCGUUCUGUCCAGGAGAACAACAUCUUGCAAGGUCCAGAUUUCCUAGGGAUGAAGCACUACUUGGUGCAACAUUUUCAAGAUAAGCCAGUCAACUUGGCCAUACUUGUUUCUGAAUGCCUAAAGGAGGAAAAGAAAAUCCUAACUUCUGCCAAUCCUGCAGAGUUUUGCAGCAAUCCAGGGAUGCAACAAAAAAGGAGGAAGCUGGACAACAACGUUGCUGAACUGAAGAUGGAAAUUUUGGAAGUAAAGAAGGAAAUCAAGACACUGGAGAGUCUUAAUGAAAAACUUGACUUCAUACAGAUGACCUGGCAAAACAGAGUGGAAAAUAAUAUCGGACUGGCCCACUCACAGGCUGUUGUGGAAGAAGAGUGUCUUAAGCAGGCAAACUUAAUCACACAAACAAAGCAGGGCCCACUGGAGAAGUCAGUACAGAAUUCUGUGGCUUUUGAGAGGCAGAAGAACAUGGACAACAGAGUUGGGAUCAUCAGAGGCAGCGUACAGUUGAUGGACCAGGCUGUAAAGUACAUUGAGGACAUGCAGGAUGACUUUGAUUUCCGCUACAAGACCCUACAGUCACGAGAAUCAUCAGAUCGCAACUCUGACAUGAUGAAGCAGGAAGUAACAAGACUACAGGAAAUGCUAAACAGGCUCGACUUUAAGAGGAAGGAGAUACUGUCAAAGAUGGAUGUUGUGAUCAAAGAGAUUGAUGACCUGAUGACUUCCCAGCUCAACCCCGAGCUGCAGGACUGGAAGCGCAGGCAGCAGAUCGCUGCCAUCGGUGGUCCACUGUUGACUGGCCUGGAGCAGCUGCAGAGCUGGUUUACUCUGACGGUGCAGAGCCUCUUCCAGAUCAAGCGUCAGCUGGACAAACUGGCGGAGCUGGUUGUGAAGGUUACUUAUGAGAGCGACCCAAUUCCACUGCAAAAACCUCAGCUGGAAGAACAAGUUAAAUACCUCAUCUACCAUCUCAUCAAGAGCUCAUUUGUGGUGGAGAAGCAGCCUUGCAUGGCUGCUCAUCUAGAUAAACCCCUCAUCAUCAAGACUGGAGUACAAUUCACCACCAAAGUCAGCCUUCUGGUCAAACUUCCAGAGGUGGAUUAUCAGCUCAAAGUGAAGACGACAUUUGACAAGGAUCUUCCCCCAGGCAGAGUAAGUCGCCAGUUUUUCAUCCUCACCAACAACACUAAAGUGAUGGACAUUGAGGAUUAUUCAAACGGCUGCCUCUCAGUGGAGUUCAGACACCUGCAGCUGAAAGAGAAGAAAUACAUCAAUGGCACAAAGGGGAAUGAGAGCCUGCUUUCUGUGACAGAGGAACUUCACUCUCUCAGUUUUGAGGCUUGCUUCACUGUCCAAGGCCUCGCCAUCGAUCUGGAGACGUUUUCCCUGCCGUUAGUGGUGAUUUCUAAUGUGAGCCAGCUGCCUGGUGGCUGGGCCUCCGUCAUGUGGUAUAACCUCCUGACCGAUGAACCAAGGAACUUGGUGUUCUUUGGUAACCCACCUCCGGCCAACUGGAGCCAGCUCUCUGAGGUACUCAGCUGGCAGUUCUCCUCCUUUGCUGGACGAGGCCUCAACAAAGAUCAGCUCGCCAUGCUGGGGGAAAAGCUUUUGGGCCAGCACGCCUCCUGUGGUGACUAUCAAGUCUCCUGGUCUAAGUUUUCUAAGGAGAAUAUUUUAGGAAAGCCUUUCAGUUUCUGGAUGUGGUUGGAUUCAAUCCUGGAGCUCAUCAAGAAGCACCUCCAGCCAGUCUGGAGUGAAAACUACAUCAUGGGCUUUGUGAGUAAGGAGAUGGAGCGAGCUCUGCUGAAAGACAAAGAGCCCGGUACCUUCCUCUUACGCUUCAGUGAGAGCCACCUGGGGGGAAUCACCUUCACCUGGGUGGAGCACAGUGACAGUGGUGAUGUAAAGUUCAACUCUGUGGAGCCAUACACUAAAAACGCGUUGAGCUCUCUUCCAUUUGCUGAUAUCAUACGAGACUACAAAGUGAUUUCAGACGGGGUUGUCCCUGAAAACCCCCUCAAGUUUCUCUACCCUGACAUCCCCAAAGAUGAAGCCUUUGGACGCCUCUACAACAGUCAGCCAAGCAAAGUACACCCAUACUUACGAUGUAUCUUCAUCCCCAUCUCAGAACUGCGGUCCAAUGCAAACACCACACCAUGUUCCAGUCAGUCUCCUGAGCCUCCAAUGACUCCAGGGGAGUUUGACAUGCUCAGCGAACAACUGUGCUUCGACAUCGACACUAUGAGCUCUCCAUAUUCAGAGUGAAGCAAGAUAAAACAUCAUAACCAACAACGUUUUCCAUCCUGACUUCAUCCAGUUUCUGUUAAAUGUCUUUAUAAGAUCUUCAGCUUUUUUACAGAGGUUUUGUUGUUUAAUUCUCAUUGUUCGUCCUGCUGCUUUUUAUAUUCCUUCUUUUAAAUAUUCAUCAGUGUUCAUUAAAUAACUUUUUGCUGUCA